CUUUCUUCCAAUAGCAAAAAAAACUUACCAACCCCAUCCUUUUUAUUACUUUUACCAAUAUCAACACCAUGUCGCAUCUAUUGGACAACAGUGACAGCCUGCAAAUGCAGGCAUACCGGCAGUCCAUGGAAGAUCCGCAAAAGUUUUGGAUGCAGCAGGCGCUCAAUCUCAUCGACUGGGAAACCAGGCCGACCAAGGCGCUCAUCACGACGACCCCUGAACCCUACACAAAGCUGAAUGGUUCCCGACGGCCGCCUCAACUCUAUGAUUCACCAGUGACUGACACUAUUCGCAAGAUCACCUACAACGAGCUGCUCCAGGAGGUAAAAUGCUUUGCCACUGUCCUCAAAAAAUACGGUGUCGGCAAAGGCGACAUAGUGCUCCUUUAUAUGGCCAUGGUGCCACAGACUCUUGUUGUUAUGCUGGCCUGUGCCCGGCUGGGCGCCAUCCAUUCGGUGGUUUUCGGCGGUUUUGCGCCCGCAGAGCUGGCAAAGCGAAUCAGCGAUUGCCAGCCCAAGGUUGUCGUCAGCAACACUUGUGGGCUGGAGAGCAAGACCAAGGUCGUGGCAUAUAAACCCCUGCUGGACGAGGCAUUUGAGAUUGCGGGAUAUCGACCAAGGGUCACGAUUAUUCUGCAGCGCGAGCAGCUGCGCAUCCAGCUGGAUUCUCUGAAAAACGAGCACUGCUGGGAUUUGGAAAUGGCCGAGGCAGCUCCUCUGUCCGGGUCCGUCGGCUGUGAAAUUGUCGAUUCCAACCACCCGCUCUACAUGCUGUAUACCAGCGGGACAACGGGCACGCCUAAGGGCAUUGUGCGCCCCUGUGGCCCACACGCCGUCGCCCUGCUCUACGCCCAACGAUACAUGUAUGGACUGCAGCCAGGCGAAACCAUUUUUACGUUCAGCGAUUUUGGCUGGACUUUUGGCAACAGCUACACUGCAUACGGCCCUUUGCUUAAUGGGAGCACGACAGUGCUGUUUGAGGGAAAGCCAGUGGGGACCCCGGAUGCCGGGCAGCUCUAUCGCGUGUUCAGUGAGCACCGCGUAAGUGUCUUCCUGUGCGCGCCCACCGUGGUCGGUAUUUUGCGCCGUACAGAUCCUGACGGGCUUUUCCGCGCCAAAUAUGAUUUGACGCACAUGAAGGGCCUGUUUUUGGCUGGCGAGCGAUGCACACCCGAGAUCCAUCGCUGGUGGAUAUCGACUAUCACCGGGCGCAAGAUUUCCGCCAACGACACCACUGUUUAUUUCGGCACAGACCUCGUAAAUGUGAUUAGCGACCACUGGUGGCAGACAGAGAGCGGCUCACCAAUGACCGGCAUCUGUAUCGGCUACAGCAGUCGGGGAACCGACGUAGUGCCUAUCAAAUUUGGGAGCGCUGGGUUGAUCCUGCCCGGCUGUGAUCUUUGCGUUAUCCGCGUCAAGGAGGAGCUAGACGAGGGCGAUUGCAUUGACGAAAACCCAGAGUAUGCUGAGAGCGACGAGGUUGGAAACAUAGUCGUUCGGCUGCCCCUGCCGCCAGGCUUCAUCACGACGCUGUGGAAGGAUGAGAAACGGUUCUUCACAUCAUAUUUCCGCAAGUACAAGGGCUUUUACGAUACUGGAGACACGGGUACGAUUGACAGUGAGGGAUACGUGCAUAUUCUUUCGCGCACUGACGAUGUCAUCAAGGUGGCUGCGCACCGGCUUUCUACUAGCUCCAUAGAGGAAGUCAUUUUCAACCACAAAGCCAUCGGCGAGUGCUGUGUAGUUUCGUGCCCUGAUCCCAUCAAGGGUCGCGUGCCCGUGGUUUUUGCUGCGCUUAGAGGCAAUGGCCACUUAGAGGACGACGUCAGAAGGGAGCUGAUCAAGCUGGCCAGGUCAAAGGUGGGGCCGAUUGUCUCGCUGAGCGGCAAGAUUUUGCGCAAGAUGAUUCGCAUGAUGAUUGACGCUGUGCACGACGCCAAAACCGAGAACCUGCCUGUUUUCGCUGAUCGCUGCCCAGUCGGAGCGCCCGCCACAAUUGAGGACAUGGCGGUGAAACUGGAGACGUGGCAGACUAUCCCGGGAAUCAACCACGACAUCCCACUCCCGGGCAUCUUCCCGCUAAACUCCGACGUCUCCACGUACUCACCCAAAUGCAUCUUGUCUAUGAUGAACAUUGGGUCCAAAUUUGACCUGUCCUGCUACCAAGGAGCCAAAUACAUAUACUUCACCUCCCCGGGCGAAAUAUGCAAGCCCCAAUGCCUCAACACUACAAUUGCUCUCUCGCAGUACGUACCUAUUGGCUAUAACCACAAAGACUUUGUAUACCUUUCGUGGGCCGACAGGGACGAGUGGGAUCAGCCGGCCAGGUGCUACUCGGCCGUAUUUACUGCCGAGACUAUCCGCCAGACGGACUCUCUUGCUCGCGAUGAACUGCCCAAGGAGUAGUAUGCAACUUGUGUACGCAGGAGUGGGUUGACACGCUGCGGAACGGAAGUAUUACAUUUCGCCAAUCCUG